AUAUAUAAGCUAAUUCUUGUUUAGAGAAAAUUCACUGAUCAAACACCUGAAAUUUCAAACUUCAGUUAAAUAAUGGCAAAUGAAAAAAAAAGUGAUGGCACAUUGGGACCAAGAGAGAUUGAUGUUUUAAAGACUCUGAUGAAAUUUACUUUGGCUAUGUUAUUAGUUCCUAUUUUCUCUUAUUUCGUUUUAAAGUCGUAUGUAAUAGAAGGAAUACUGGGUUUCGAAAAUGGUGCUAUUGGAUCAGCUAUUGUUACUGUUGUUAUUGUUCACAUUAUUAUUGGUUUGUAUAUAUGGACUGCUAUAGUGGAAGAACGAAAUGAUCCAAGUAAAGUUGCUAUGAAAACAGAUUAGCUCAAUGAAAUAAUUGUUUUUUUAUUAGAACUUCUUACAUUUUAACUUAUACACGAACAAUCAAUGUAUUAUGCCAUUUUCAAAGAGGUGAAAAAUAGAUUGU